AUGGCUAGAAAAGCAAGCAACCUUUCUGUUAAACAGCUAUCGGAGUUGGUAUCUGGUAUAAAAUUAUACCCCUGUCUUUCAGAAAUCUUUAAAAGUGCAAAUGCCAUUUUUUAAAGAACUCUUCCUCGUAUCUUUCUAUAGAUCGUUUUUACAUGACGUCACAGCGGCCAUAUUUGUGUACAAAACAAUGAAUCGGCGGCCAUGUUUGUGUACAAAAGAAAAUCCUGUUGAAACUUUCUUUUAUUCCAAGCAAUUUGCAAAGCUGUUGACCAUGUGACUGAAAACGAUCUAUUGCUUUAGUUAUUUGAUAGCCUCGAUGAAGGAACGUAGCUGCUUUUAAGCCAUUUUAGCCCUGGCUUAAAAAAACAAAAAACGAAAUGGAGUUAUAAUGAGCCAUGUAAUCGCAUGUUAACAGGGCGUCAGUGAAACUGCACCUGAUAUAUACAGGCACUAAGUGUCUGACGCGGUGAUGGGCAUACAAUUGAUACAUAAAUAACAUGGAAAAUAUGUCGCUGAACGCCAUUUUGGUUUUUCAACUGUUAAAUUGGUUAUAAAGAAUUUAAAAAUGUUUAUCAUGGUCAGAUAUCCAUUUCAGAUGCUUGCUAUGACAGUGUACUCUUUAUUUGUUAUUUAUUUACCAGUGCAGCAAACCCUCGUAUUGAGGAUUAUCAGGCGGUGUGGUCAGAAAAAAAAAAACAAACAAUCAAACGAACAAAAAAGAAAAAAAACGAAAAAACAACAGAAGACAAAAAUGAUACAACUAUAAUAACUAGUGGGUGGGUGAUUUUAGACAAGCUGUUUCGGAAUUUAGCCAGGUCAGUAAAGAGAGAGUGAAGACAGCCGGAGGCAGGGAGUUCCAAUGAUCUAUAGUUCAAGGAUAUGAUAUGUAGAGGUGGAAAUCUGGAUGGAGUGACCAUGGAAAUAUGCUUCGGUGUAGUGAACGCAAAUUGUCGCCUGGGUUCACUGUAACUAGAGGUAAAUGAUCUCAUACAACAUGGUAAGGCGCGCGUCGACUGAUCUUCUCUGCUCUAAGGUUCUCCAGUUGAGCUCUCUAUCUUUCUCCUCCGCGGAGGCCUCUUUGUCCACCGCGCGCUUUCUAUUUUUCGAUUAUUGCUAUUUUUAAUGGGAUACCCAGCGAAAGGCUUUGCGGAAGAGAGAGGCUCUUUAAGCAUCUCUGUCACGCUUACUGAUUACUGGUAUCUCCCCCGUACCCAUUUGUUGGCUCGUGGCUACAUCAUAUUUAUUUUUCACACUUUUACGAGGGUCCCAAACAGUACUACAGUAUUCCGGGGGGGAGCGUAGUACUACUGCGUACGCCUCAGGAGGCAAAUUAUCUCUCAGGUUUCCUUUAUGAAAUCUUAGUGUUGAAAUCUUGCUAGUAUGGGUGUUCCAUUUCAGGUCGUGAUAUACAAAAGCACUAAGAUUGUUAUAAAUUAUGUAAUCAAAGAAUUGAAUAGAAAAGAAUAAUAGAAUACUUCACUAGCAGUAUCGACUGAAUUGCUAGAGUUUACAAUAUAUAGAAAUGAGUUAUGAAACAUAAUUACAAAAUCCUUACAUACUAUAACUACAGUAUAUCAAUUCUUACAACCACGAACAAAAUCCUUGACUAACAAUGAAUUAUUAAAAAAUACUUGCGCAUUUGUUUAUAAAGGUAUCACGGCACCUAUUGGUUUUACAUGGCUUUACAUAGUAUGUUCUAGAGUUCCUGAACAGAAUGACCAUGAGUCUGCUGAAACCACCACGCAGUUGUGUUUAAAACUUUUCCAUGCUAUCGGAGCCGAGGGAGUGACGAAAAACGACAUUGAUAUCGCUCAUAGAGUGAAUAGCCGAAGGUCUGACAGCCAUUAUCCAAGUCCUAUUGUGUGCAAGUUUAUCGGACGACUGGCCAAAGAAGAAGUCAUGGCUUAUCGCAAUGAAACUUCGAACUUAAACUCUGAUGAUCUGGAUUUAUCUGCUGAUUUCCACACGGAAAAUAUCCGAAUUCAUGAACACCUGAUCCCGAGAUUACAGGUAACUUCUUAGCGAGGCAAAUAAACUGAAAUCUACACAUCAAUUCCAGUGCGUCUGGGUGAAGAACUCUGAGAUUUUGGCUCGUAAAUCUUGCUAGUAGCUCUCAGGUCUUCAAACUAAAACGCAUGGCCCAGGGGCACCCAACGAGAAUAUAGUUCAAAACCACUUAAACAUAGCAUUGUUAAACGUAUUUUAGUAUUUAAACGGUAGAUAUAGGCACAUUUUUAUCCCCUAAAUAUUUUUCAUCUGUUCGUAUUUCCUAGCUGAAAGUCUCGUGAUCCGAAAAUUAUAGGGAUCAAAACUUACCUUUCCGAAAAUUCCAGCCAGAAAAAAGGCUCCCGAAACUUCUAGUUGACCUUUUUAGCGUAAAAAACCAUUUUUUAGGUAUUCGAAAAUCCUAGGAGAGGCAGGCAAGCAAGAACUUUUACAAUAAAUGUUCCGAAAAUUCUAGAUCUCAAAUGGUCUUCCGAACAGAUAUUUUCCGAAAAUUGACGUUGGGUGCCCCUGAUGGCCGAUCUUGACAAUCUGAAGCAAAGCUUGGUCAGUAAUCCAACUCAGGAUUAAGGAGAUAAGUGUCUUUGGGGGGUUAUUCGUUCAUAAUCUUAAUGAUGUGAUACAGCUAUUGGAAAUGGCUUCGCACAAAGAGAAGAAAAAUCUCGCUAAAGAAAACAAAUUGCUGUUGAUGGAAUUGCCAUAUUAUAACUGUAAAGAUCUGAAAAGUGCCUACCCGCAGUAUAACGCUUUACUGGACACUAAUCUCGCCUCCAGGAAAUCGAUCUAUUCAUUUGAUGGCUUGUAUGAUCUUGAUCUUUUCAGGAGAUUCCGCAGAUAA